AUUCAGUCUGCUGAUUUUUUUCGAGCUGACAAUCCAGAAGGUAUGGAGGCACGCAAUGAGUCUUAAUGUAUCACAUGCCACUAGGUAGCAGCCCUGGCAAUGGAUGAUAUGAUAUCAUGGAUGCAAGAAGGCGGCCAGGUUGGAAUAUUUGAUGCCACAAACAGUAGCAGGGCACGGAGGAAUAUGCUAAUGAAAAUGGCUGAAGGGAAAUGCAAGAUAAUAUUUUUGGAAACGAUAUGCAAUGAUGAGCGGAUUAUUGAAAGAAACAUACGUCUUAAAGUUCAACAAAGUCCUGACUAUGCAGAAGAGCCAGAUUUUGAAGCUGGAAUGCGAGACUUCAAAACACGACUAGCCAAUUAUGAGAAGGUUUAUGAGCCAGUGGAAGAAGGCUCAUACAUCAAGAUGAUCGAUAUGGCUAGUGGACAUGGUGGGCAGUUACAAGUGAACAAUAUCAGUGGUUACCUUCCGGGAAGGAUUGUCUUUUUCUUGGUGAAUACACAUCUCACACCCCGCCCAAUAUUGCUUACUCGCCAUGGAGAAAGUCGAGAUAAUGUUAGGGGCAGAAUUGGGGGAGACACAGUUUUGAGCAGUGAAGCUGGACAACUUUAUUCAAAAAAACUUGCCAACUUUGUGGAAAAGAGGCUAAAAUCUGAACGGGCUGCUUCUAUAUGGACAAGCACACUGCAGAGAACAAUUUUGACUGCAAGACCGAUUGUUGGAUUCCCAAAGAUACAAUGGCGUGCACUUGAUGAGAUAAAUGCUGGAGUAUGUGAUGGAAUGACAUACGAGGAGAUAAAGAAAAAUAUGCCAGAGGAAUAUGAGUCCCGUAAGAAGGACAAACUGAGGUAUCGUUAUCCUCGCGGAGAAUCUUACCUGGAUGUUAUCCAAAGACUAGAACCUGUAAUUAUUGAGCUUGAACGACAACGUGCACCUGUUGUAGUGAUCUCUCACCAGGCGGUACUGAGAGCAUUAUAUGCAUAUUUUGCAGACAGGCCUUUAAAAGAAAUUCCACAUAUUGAGGUACCACUUCAUACCAUAAUUGAGAUACAAAUGGGAGUUAGUGGUGUCCAAGAGAAAAGAUACAAGCUCAUGGACUGACUUUGUUUCAAGACAUCUAUGUUUUGUUGCAUAAUGAUACCGCAAACCCCGAAAGUCCAGGAGGCAAUACCAUAGCAGUUCUCUGUUCUUUUAAUAUUUUAUUGAUUGACAAGAUGCUAGAUUAGAUAAAAUGUAUUUCACUGUUUCUAUUCAUCACAACCUUUUCCACAAGGGUUUUACACUGUUGAAAUGAAUACAUUUUUUCUGAUUUUAAUAUUAAAUCAUUCAAGAGGAUUGAUUUCUGUUGA